CAAGGAUCUGCCUGGGAAAAAAAGAGAAAAUAUCAUAAAUAAUAACACAGACUUCGACUGGAAUACAGCAGACACCCGCUGGAUAAUCCAAAGGACUAAACUACAGAGAAACACUUCUUGAUGAUGCUUAUUCGGUGAAGUCUUUGACGUUUUUUUGAAAAAAUGUUUUAGACAAUGUUAAGCCAAACAGAAGACUUAUAAAUAAGAUAGGAAGAAUACAUAGAUACGUCGUUUUAAUUCGUCUAAAAAGAAACAAAAUGGCUGAUGACAACAAGCGAUAACAAGGGCAAAAUGAUAUCGUCCCCUUUAAGGGGAAAACGUAUCUAUAAUGUAUAAAUAUUUGAGGACAUAAUAAAAUGCAUGCCAUUACGUUGUCGACUUUUGCUCUUUGAAAACCAACGCAAAUUUGCAGCGUGUAAAGGGGGCAGGUAGAGCAAUAACCAUGGAGAGGUGUUUCGGAAAAACCUUUGACGUUGAAAGACGGAUAAAUCGAGAAGAGAGAAAAGAAAGAUAGCAUGGUAAUGUGAAGCCAACGCUGCGACCGAAAAAAAGCUGUUUGUAACGCUACGGUCUCUUUCAGGCUAAAAAGAUCUACGUGUAUAGUAGGAGAAGUCUGUGUCUGGCCUGUCUGGUUUUUUCGCAACGUUUAGACAUUUUUGGGUUUGUCUUUCCGAGACACUUCCUUAUAAAACAGACUAAAUAAAACUAAGCCACUGUAACAAUUGUUUGUUGCAAAGUAUAGGCUCACAUUUGCUCACAUUUUUUGCGCCUUACACUCAGCAUUAUUAUGGACAUUAUUAUAAUGCUGGUGAAAUGUCAGAUGCUCUGAGCACAAAUCAAAUAUAUCUAAGUGCCUCAGUAUGAAACACGCUGCUUGGACCGAGUGAAAAAAUAGAUCUUUAAGGGGGAAAAACUGGGAUUUUACAGGCAAGUUUAAUUUAAGGAACGUUCUUUAGGACACGUUUUAUAAAAGGAUCUGAAAGCAUCAACUUGUGGACAAAAAGAACAUGCGAUGUCAAAUUAUCGGUCGUCCUCCAUUGCAUUAAGAAUUGAUAAACCUUAAUAAAAUAAUACAUGGCACCAGUUUUCUCCACAUAUUGAGACCAAGUGUCACCAUAGCAGUGAUGUAAUUAGUUCUGGAUUCUUCUAAGAGUUUUUUUCUGCGUCACAAAGAACAAGUUAUUUCGUUCAUGUUACUAUUGCACAUGAUUCAUAGUUAGCGUACUUGCGAGAAGAAAUUUGGCCGACACUUGACAGGUUCCUCGGAAAGGAACGUUUUUAUGGAUUUUUUUUUAACAUCAGGUAGGCUAUUCAACCGGUUUGACUCUCAUAAAAUAACAGUAUCUGAGUAGGCGACGUUGGAUCCUGUUGCAACAUCUUUUUUUUUUUCAUUGGAGCUGAGGAAUUUGAUUGUUGACAACCUCGCAAAGAGCGGAAGAGGCGCUCCCGCGGCUUAUAUAUCAAAGCUUGUCAAUAAUCGCUUAUGAGGACUCAUGUGCCUGUGUGGUCUCCAUCAACACGACAUUAUUAUUAUUUUUUGACGGCAGAUGUAGAGAGUGGGGAGAUACGGUAACGACUCCAGUUUUACUUUACACAAAUUAUCAGGUGAAUAAAUAUCAACCUCACUUGGACAUCAUUGGCUACCAAUCAGUUGCUAUGGCCGAGGACUGGAAAAAUUGUUUCGAAGAGGAGCUUAUUUGUCCAAUUUGCUUACAUGUAUUCGUGGAACCGAUCCAGCUGCCUUGUAAACAUAACUUCUGCCGAGGCUGCAUCAGUGAGGCCUGGGCCAAGGACUCAGGUAUUGUUCGGUGCCCGGAAUGCAACCACGCCUACAACCAGAAGCCAAAUCUAGAAAAAAAUAUUAAACUGACAAAUAUCGUGGAGAAGUUCAACGCGUUGAACGUCGAGAAAACUCCAGCAAUACUACAAUGUAUCCUUUGUCGGCGGGGGCCGCCUCUCCCGGCACAGAAAGUUUGCCUCCGUUGCAAUGCACCUUGUUGCCCGUCCCACGUUCAAACACACCUUCAGCAACCCUGUCCUCAUCCCGGACAUUUAUUAGUCGAUGUCGAGGAGGUUCGGGCCUGGAGCUGCCCACAGCAUGAUGAAUACAGGCUGUAUCAUUGCGAGGCGGAACAGGUGGCGGUCUGCCAGUACUGCUGCUUCUCCAGAUGUGCGACCAGCCACGGCCAUGCAGUAUGCGACGUGGAAGUGCGUCGUAAUGAUAUUCGGCAAAUGCUAAUAAAACAGCAGGAUGGCAUAGAGGAUCGUGUGCAGGACAUUGAAGAGCAACUGUACAAGCUGGAAUCAGACAAACGCUUGGUAGAGGAGAAGGUGGUGCAGCUGAAAGCUGAGGUGCGUGCUCAGUACCAGAAGAUGCAUCAGCUCCUGGAAGAAGACAUGGGGAAAACUCUGGAGGUUCUAGACAAAGCCCGGUCCAAAUUCUGCCAGGAAAAUUCCAGCCAGGUCCUGCAGCUCAACGAACAGCAGCAGGAGGCCAAGAAACUGCUCAGCUCUGUACAAGUUCUCUUUGACAAAACAGAGGACGUCAACUUCAUGAAGAACACAAAACCUGUGAAAAUAUUAAUGGAUCGCUCUCAGGCCUGCGUUAGUAAUGUGUUACCUCCUCAUAAAGUGGGCAGCCUGAACUCCAAAAUCUUCCUCUCUGAGAUCACAAAGAAGGAAAAAAAUCUACGCAAAAUGCUCGAAGCUCCCUUCAGUGCUCCGGCUCAUUUUCUUCAGAGUGUCCCUGUGUACUCGUGCAGCUCUCUCAGCGGGCUAGGUCCUGAGAAACGCAAACACUCCACUGCCUUUCCUGAGAGCAGUGGCGCCAGUGGGUUCUUGGAGUCAGGUAGCACCAGUAAGCAGCCGUUCCUGGGCUCGGGUUCGAGUUCAGCCGAGGGGCCGUCUUCCCAGCAGACCCUGGCCCCGUGUACCUCCGCCCAGCACAUAGGAGGGCUCAGCGGCGGCGCUCCACCCGUUCAUCAUUCCAGCUCCGUCUUUACGCACUACCCCAACGCCGGAUCUUCCCAGCAGCCCAUGCUUCCCCAGUACGGCGGCCGCAAGAUCCUCAUGUGCACGGUGGAUAACUGCUAUUGCUCCAGCGUUCCCUCCGUCUCCACCCAUCGCCCACACCCACCUUACCCCCGCUCUGGAUCUUUUCCCUGGACGCAGGACUACUCCCACCCCCCUCUUCCUGCCACACACUCCAUGCCCCAGCCGCUGCAGGGGCUCGCCAUGCGAGACUGGAUUGACACCUCCCAGACCCACCGCCACCCAGACUUCUACGGGCUGUACGGCCAAUCUUCCACUAAACACUAUGUCACUAGUUAACCCUCUGCCCUAGAAUCAAAGUCAGGAACAGUGGGAGUUCUCUCUUUAGUUUAGUUUUUUUUUUUUUUUUGUUUCAGUUUCAGAAUGAAACGUGGAAUACAGGUGAUGCAUAAAGUUGUUGCACUUUGUCUCUUUUAUUUCGUCAGUCAGAGCAAGCCACGUGGUUUCCAUCCCAAGCUCCUGAUCUUCCAUGGGGCCUCGUCUGAAAUGGAAGGUAGCCCCUGCCACCAGAUCAUUAAAGGGAAUUUUUUUAGAAGAACUGAAACGGGCGAAUGAACCGUGGCUCAUAAAAUUACUGAAGUAGGGCAAAGAGCAGAUGUUGUAGAGCCAGAGUAGACAACAGCUUGUUUAUAAAUAGGGCUAGUUUUAAUUUCCACUCCUGUCUUGCCAUCUGCCCUCAGGCUCAGAGACCAUUUUAUUUUUCCUCAUAUUUUUGGUCCAUUUUGUACUAUUUAAAUCAUGCAUCAGUUGUUACCAGAACUUGUCAUUAAAUGUAAUACUCGGUGGGA